AUGCAUCCAAGCCCACCAAGUUGUGACAAACCAUUCAAAGAAAUAGGCUUCAUCCCACUGAGACAUCCCGAGUCCCCCCGAUACAUGAACUACAAGUACCGCCGAAGCCGAGUGUCCAGGGCACUUUUAUCCAGUUCCGAACCAUCCGCAAUGACCUCUAGGACUACAAUCAACAGAGCCAUGCUGAUGGUGCCCGGCGGCUCCUCAACCCACAGUACGAUGUCGUCAGAGGUGCAGCCAUAUCUUUUUCCCGCUAUAGCCUUUCAACAGGCCCCCCUGUCAGAUGCCCGCAGCAUGUCUGGGUCUGUUCCCUACGCCUUCGACCAAGCACAGCCCCUCCAUCAAAGGAAACCAGACGUUGGAACCCACUACUUUCAGGAUCAAGAGUCCUAUACACCCUUAUUCUCAAAUCAGACCAUACCACCACAGUCAUUCAGACCCGAUAUUGAAUCCUUUCCCCCAGCCAUACCAACCACAGACGGUGCAUACUUCCCUAUCGAUCAAGAAGAAUGGCUCGCGAUAGCAGUAUCACAGUCACCUCUCAACCCUACAAAUACAGACUAUUACCUCCCAGAGUCAGCUCCGUCCUCCUUCUCUCAGUCACGGCUAACCCCCGUAACCACCGCAUCUUUAUCUUCCGCCACCACCGCAGACCUUGACUUCGAGCUUGAUAUCGACCUCGAUCUAGACGAUCUCCAACUCCAAUCCCUAUCCGACACCUCCUCCGCCCGCAGCCAGACGCGAGAUCUAACCAACUACGGCAUCAAAAAUCCCGACGGAACCUGGCGCUGCGCAUAUCCCGGCUGCUCAUCACACGCCGUCUUCCGUCGGGGCUGUGAUCUCCGGAAACACUAUAAUCGUCACCGCAAACAUCUCUUUUGCCGGUACGAAGGGUGUCCACAGGCUGUGCGGGGCGGGUUCUCCAGCAAGAAAGACCGAGAUCGACAUGAGGCAAAACACAACCCAGAAAUACCUUGUGAGUGGGACGGGUGUCAGCGGGUAUUUAGUAGGGUAGACAACAUGAAGGAUCAUGUGAGGAGGAUUCAUAAGAGGAGGGAGACUUGAUGAUUUCUCUUUUCCUCACCCUUAUAAUUUUCCCAUCCUCUCUCCCUCCCUCUUUCUUUCCUUCCUACUGCUGCCCCUCCCCUUCAUGAAAAUACUUUCACAUUAACAUUUUUUCUAUUGAUCAAAACCAAACGGGAUAUACACAGUUUCGGGACUGUAUGGAGAUAAAUGGGACUAACGGCGCGAUUUACUGGUUUUUGAGGAAAGGAAUCAUUUGGAUUUGAUUUGGUUUGGUUUUUACCUGGUUUCUUCUGGAAAUUCAAGCGACGGCAAAAUUGGCCACCAGCACUGCGGGACAGUGACAGGCAAUUCUGAGAACUACUUACUACCUUACCAACUAAAUUGACUCAUCAUCUACUUUUUACUGUACUUAUACGUGUCUUCUUUUGAGACGUUCCCACUUUUCUUGGUUUUUCUUUUUCAGCCUCGUCAAAUUUAUGCUUUCUGACGUGGUGUGAACUAAACAGCACUACAACACUCACACUCCAAAUCGGUCGAUAUACUGAAUCUCGUUGUUCCUUCUUAGUUGCUGAAAAAUAUUUUCUUCCCAAUCGUCUGAUCUCAAUUCAUAUGUAGCCAGCUAGCCAGUUCAGGUAGCUAGUCAAAUGGGGUAAAUUCAAAUCAAAUCAAGACAUCGUAAAUAAAAAGAAAUUGAAGAUACCAUCGAUAAAACGCCUCUCGUUACCAUCCACAGAUAUGAU